AUGACAUGGUACUUACACCUCCACGAUACAGUUGUUGGUGCUGAUAUCCAGGACUUUGCCGCCGAACUGGUGAGUCAGACGAGUGAUGGCAUCCAGAUGCUCGUGCUUGUGACGGAGAGCCUGGCUGGACGGCAGGUGGCGGGGGUGGAAUUCGGGAUUCUUCGAGUCACCCAAUUGCAAUUCCUCAAAGAACUCCGGGCCGAGAAUGGACACCUUGGCCAGGAGGAGCUCACGCUGCACCAGGGCCGAGUCGGUGUAGUCGAGGACAGCCCAGACGGGCACGAGGUCGUCGAGUUGGCGACGGGCCUGCUCGACGACACCCUCCUGGCCCUUGAGCACGAUGGUCAUGCGCGACAGAUCCUCGACCUCGGUGUUGCAGACCACCAGACUAUCAAUGUUGAAGCCGCGGGCGGCGAGAAUGCCGGACACGCGGGACAGCACACCGGGCUCGUUCUGGACCAGGCAGUUCAGGAUGUGGCGCUUGGGGGGGUUGGUGGGUGGCACGGGGGUCUCGUAGAGAAUCGAUGA